AUGAACAUCCACGAAAUCCAAUCUGCGAUCUCUGCCUCACCUCGUGCUAUCACAGUCCUAUAUUUCGCAUCUGCACGUACGACCAUCGACAUCUCCUAUGAGCGGAUACCUCUGCCGGAGGCUGGGCUCCCUCUAAAGGAGCUCCCGAAGCUGUUGGAGGAAAGGCAUGCGGGGAAGGGACUGGGGAAGGUGUUAGAGCGAUGUAGGUGGAGCGUGAAUGACGAGAUGGUCGAGCACAUUGGCGAGGGGGAGGAUGAGGUGGUGCUUAGAGGUGGGGAAGAAGUUGCGGUCAUCCCGCCCGUCAGUGGGGGUUGA